AUGGAUAACCUUCACUUGAGUGUCAUAGCUGUGGUCCUUUACUUUAAUCUUCCCGGAUCAGUGGGAACCAAGUCACGGUGGAUUCUUUUUGUUACACAUCACCACUCAGACUGCCGGUGGGAUAGCGAGUUCUUACUGAACUGUUCUUUUACCGGAAUGUCUGCUAUUCCAGAAGAUAUAUCACAAACAGCAAUAACGGCUGAUUUUAGUUACAAUAAUAUUAAAACUUUUCUGUGCGCUGAUGAAAGAAUUGAAGAAUGGAUGCUAAAACACCUAAAUCUCAGUAACAACCUGAUUUCUGAACUCUCCUUAACUACUUGUAGAAAUUUACCUGCUUUAGAAAUUCUAAACCUCAAUGGUAAUGCCAUCCACACCCUCACACUGGACGUACCUACACCUGCACAUGGGUCUAAAAAGUGUGGAAAAGGCUGUCGUCUCCUGCCUGCUUUGAAAGUAUUGUCAGUUGAAAGAAAUAAUCUUAACACAGUUCCAAGAGGACUGGGCCUGCUGCAGUCUUUACAAACUGUCCGUUUGUCAUCCAAUGGCAUACAACAGAUUGAUCUGAAUGAUUUUCAAAACUGUUCACAGCUGAAGGACAUCGACUUGCAAAACAACAAGAUAACUAAAAUUCAUCCAGACGCCUUCAGGGAUCUCCACAAAUUACAGGUUGUGGAUCUCCGUGAAAAUGCUCUGACAAUCCCUUUACCACAGAUAUUAAUCAGUUUGAACUUCUUUCAACUUGAAGUGGGUAAUGGAGUCUCUUGGUGGACACCUAAAGGCAGAAUUUCGAAAGAUAAUAGUCUUCCUCAUAUGACACUGGAUAAAAUGAAUAAUUUAGUGAUACACAAUGCUGAGAAAACUGAUGAAGGGUUAUAUUUGUGUAUUUUUAAUACAAAAAAGAAGAAAUAUCUCAUCUACAAUAUACAGGUGAAGGAAAGGGUUUCAUCAUUUUUGGUUAGAAGAGCCCGGGACACUAAUACUGUUUUUAGACAAAGAAGAACAGAGCAAGACCUUGCACUGGCUGUCUGCCUCUCGGUGCUCAUUACGUUUGUUUGUGCUUUUUGUCUGGGUGCUUUUGCUAGACCCUACCUUGUGAGCCUGUGGAGAUUCAUGCGCAGGAACAAAAAUUCAGGUUCAGAACAUACUUAUUCUAAUCAAGCUUUUUCAGACGGAACCUUGAGCAGAGAGUGCUCUGCAAGCAAACCAACAAAUACACAGCAUAAUUUGUUCAUUUGUGAUGAGAAUUCUUCAAGAAACACAUGCAUUUUUCCUACAGAAACUUCUAUUUUGCAUGAAAAUGUCAUUGGUAGCAGUGUACAGGCACCAAAUACUCUAGCUGGCGAUAGUUCUUCAGAUGAAGGGACUCCAUUCACAAUGAGUGACUGCAGUUCUUUAGCAGACUUUGAAUGGGAACAACCUGACGUUAGCGACAACCUGCCAGUCUGUCAGUCGUCACUAGAGGAAGCCAAUACAAACAGUGGAACUAAGAAGUUCUCAACACCGCCAGAGUCUCCAAACAUUGCUGCUGAACUUCAGCAUAUUGGGAAGAAGGAAGACGAGAACAAUGCGUAUUUUGAAACCACUAUUAAUUAUGAUUCAGAUACCAUCAUGCCUGAAACAGCAUCGCUUUAUGCUGGUAAAUGUAGUGACCAUGUAAGCAUGUCCCAUUCAGACACAAUUAGUUCUUCAAGUCAAGAAGUUCCUGAUAUGUUUGAUUAUUUUACUAAUGCAGAGUCAACAGUACAAAACUCUGUUUCUGAUUCUCUCCACAAUCAAAAUACAGAUUUUGGCAAUACGUUACUUUUGUUAAAACGUUCUCCCACGUACGACACAGAUGCAGAGAACACUUCUGAAGAGGCCGAACUGCAGCUGUAUCAGUUUCCCAUUGAACCACAGCAUUCCCGCAGCUUCAGUCCCACUGAACAAAAAGAAAAUGCACCAGAGAGAAGUACAGACGAGCACAUAGAUAGGAACUCCUCUGAAAAGAAUCAUGGUGAAGGGGACAUUACAUUAAGACACACAAGUACAUCUGAGGACAAUGAUUUUAUUUUUGCUCCCACUGAUACUGGUUUGAAUGAAAUUGUUACAAAAAGGUCUCUACAGGAUUCCAGCAAUGAAUCAUCUCUUCAAUCUCUGCCUGAACACACAGCUGAAAAACAUGUUACGGUUAUUACAGAGAAAGACGACUUGCUACCACAGGGGAAGCAGGUGAACACAACUGAGGCUUGUGCAGAGAAAACGCAAAGAGGUUUUAAUGAGAAAGACUGUGAUGGAUACACAGAAUUACAGGACAACACCAGCAACUGUAGUCUGCCCGAAGAAACGCAGUCUUGCAAUCUUACGGCAGAUUUGCUACGUCUUCCCUCUUCUGGGAAAACGCAAUCAGACUUCAACACAGAAGAUCAUUUCCAACUGGAUCAGAGCGAUGAGGAUGCAUAUUCCUUCUCAGUCCCACAAAGCUUCUUCAGUGAAAGCACACGAUGCAGUUCAUGUUCAUUCCCACAAAAGACUACAGGAAAUACAAUCUCUGGAACCACUGAUUCCAGCAAGACAGAGGAUGACACUACUUUGACAGGACUGGACAACAAUUCUACAACAGCUGUCAACCUCCAAAAUUCAAGUGAAAAACUCAGUCAAAAAAGUCAGACCAAUUUAGGACAGGGCCAGUUUUUUGUUAAGAAGAAAAGAGCUUUUGAUGGAUUUGCUAACGUUUUGCAAAGCAGGAGAACAAACUUCAAUAGUUGA